AUGGCUGUCGAGCUGCGGGGGUUCAAAGCCGGCGCCAAACUGCCCUACACCAUGGCCUCAGUGUACGCGGCGAUGCAGCUGCCCGGCGGGAUCGUCAAGGUCGUGCAGGGCGACGGCGGCGCGCCGAUCGCCAUCCCGAACGUCCGCACGCACCCCGUGGUGGACGUGUCGCGCAACACCGAGGCCUCGCUGCCCAACGGGUAUGCGGAGGUGGAGUUCACCGCGCGGGUCGACGCCGUCGCCAACGCGCUCACCGAGGACCCGCGGUUGACGGUGGAGGUGUGGCACCGGGAGCGGUUCCGCUCCGACGUCCUGCUCGGGCUCUCGGAGGUCGACCUCCAGCCGCUCAUGGCCGCCCCGUGGAUCUACGGCUGGGCGCCGCUGUACGCCAACCUGGUGGAGGCCGACGGGUACACGCAGGAGCGCGUGCAGGUGGGGUCGCUGCGCGUCAUGGUGCUCCUCGAGGACCUCGGGCCCGCCGACGGCUCCCCGCCCGUCGCGCGCAAGGGCGCGGCACGGGCCCCGGCGGGCAGCGCGGCACCGCCGCCGGCCGUCGCGGCGGGGGAGACGGCCGCGGAGCGGCAGGCGCGGCUGGAGUACGAGGCGGCGUGGGAGCUCGAGAUGUGGCGGCGCGCGGAGGAGGCGCAGUUCCGCGCUGGGCUCGCGGAGCGGGAGGCGAAGCGCAUGGCAGCGCUGGAGGCGGAGUGGCGGGCGCGGGAGCAGGGGCGCGCGCGGGAGGCCGAGGACGCGCGGCGGCAGUACCGCACGCUGGAGUCCCGCGCGCGCGAGGUGCUCGCGGCGGCGGAGGAGCGCGAGCGGCGCGUGGUGGCGGCGGAGGAGGCCGCAGCGCGCCGGCGGCAAGCUAUGGAGCGCGAGCACACGCAGCGGCUCCAGGAGGCGGAGGCGGCGGUGCGGCGGCUGCAGGUGGAGUUCCAGCACCAGAUCGAGGUCGAGCGCGGGCGCGCGGCAGAGGAGGCGCGGCUGCACGCGGCGACGCGCGAGAGGUUGGCGCGGGCCGAGGCGCGCGCAGCCGACGUGGAGGCGACGUUCGCGGAGUACCGCGACCAGCAGCGGCUGACGCCCGAGGCGGAGAUGCGGGCGGCGCUGCACCGCGCGGAGCUCGCGGCGCGGGACGCGGAGGCGCGGGCGGAGCGGGCGACGCGCGGGAAGCGGCACUACAAGGACCAGGUCGUGAAGCUGGCGCGGCAGCUCGGGGCGCUGCAGCGGGUGCGGCAGGAGGAGCUGGAGCGGUACAUGCGGCGGGAGCGGCGGCAGGUGGACGCGGUGGCGCUGGCGAAGGCGGCGGGGGAGCAGGUGCAGUCGUCGCGCGCGGCGGCCGAGGAGCUGCGCGAGAUCAGGGAGCGGCUGUCGCGGCUGCGGGCGGUCGGGAGCGAAGCGGAGGCGGACGGGGAGGUCAGCGAGAGCGAGGACGAGGCGGAGGUGGCGCCGGCGGUGCCGGAGCGGGCGGAGGUGGCGGGGGACGGUGGUGGCGGGGUGGCGCAGGCGGGGGGGACGACGGAGGUGAUGGGGGAGGUGCGGCGGCUGCUGCGGGAGAAGGCGGAGCUGCUCGGCACGGGCCUGUACAGCGCGGAGGACCCCGUCAUCCGCGAACUAGACGCGCGCGUCGCGACGCUGGCUGGGUGA